CCGAACUCGAAAACUUCCUCGGAAAAGCGACGAUGCUCGCCCGGUCACCGCCCGCCCGCCACGGCGUCGACGCGAUCCUCAACCCGUACGACGAGCACGACCUGAGCCACGACGACGACGACAGCCACCACGCCACCGCCACCUCGGAGAAGCCCAAGUUCUACAUGGAGAAGCUGCACUGUCUCCUCGACGACUGCCCCGCCGACAUUGCGCUCUGGAACGCCGACGGCACGGCCUUUACGGUGCUCGACGCGCCGGCCUUUGAGCGCCGCGUCCUCCCGCUCUACUUUAAACGCAUAAAGUUUGACAGCUUUGCGCGGCAGCUCAACUCGUACGGCUUCAAGCGCGGGAAGAAGCGCCAUGGCCAUAUCUACGAGUUCCAGCACCCGCAGUUUCGCCGUGGUGAGCGCGACCAGCUGCCGACGAUGAAGUCGCGCAUGGGCGCGCCCGACACGCAGGAGACGCUGCAGACGCGGAUAGACCAGCUCACGGACGUGACCGAAACCCUCAAAGCCGAAGUCGAUGCGAUGAAGGAGAUGCUGCACAUGCUGCUGCAAAAGAAGCUACUCAAGGCCAAGCAGCGACAGCGCGCGGCCUCCCGCGACGACUAACAGUCGUGUCUAUAUAUCUAUAUAACUAUAAGUCGUGCCGUAUCUUA